AAUACAAGUCCAAAUUCACCUCACUUACUAAGACGCCGAUCGAGCUUUGAAUCUUCGUCAAAAUACCGUACGUGUGCGCGACAAUGGCCCAGAAAUGUGUCCACAAGGGUUGCGGCAAGGUCUACACCGAUCCGGACGAGGUCUGUGUCUACCAUCCGGGUCCUCCAGUCUUCCAUGAGGGGCAGAAAGGCUGGAAAUGCUGUAAACCAAGAGUCCUAACCUUCGACGAGUUUCUCGAGAUCAAGCCUUGUACAAAAGGCAAACACAGUACAACGGAUUUACCCCCCGAGAUCGAGAAAAAGGCGCCGAGUAAUCUUGAUCCAGCCACACAAUCUCUAGCGUCAAAACUUGCCGAAGUUGUAUCAGCGCCUACCCGCGCACCUUUAACUCCCCAGCCAGCCCCUACCGCGCCACCGCCACCACCUGAGUCCGAAGAUGACGACCCGUCUCUGGAGAUCCCAGAUGGAAAGGUUUGCCGACGGAAAGGCUGUAAUAUAACUUAUAAGAAAGGCCAAGGCCGAUCAGAGGAUGAGACAUGCAUUCAUCACCCAGGCGCUCCCAUUUUCCACGAAGGUAGCAAGGGAUACAGCUGCUGUAAGCGACGAGUGCUAGAAUUCGACCAAUUCAUGAAGCUCGAGGGCUGUAAAACAUCACCUAAGCACUUGUUCAUCGGGUCCGGACAGCAGAAGAGCAAGUCCAAAACGGCAAAUACUUCGACCUCCGAAAACGGAGAGGAAUUGCUAGAGACGGUGCGACAUGACUUCUACCAGACACCAUCGACGGUGAUCGCAUCAUUCUUCCUCAAGAAGAUUGAUAAGGAAAAAGCCACGAUUACGUUCGAGACACAAGCGAUCGCGGUCGACCUCCCGACCAGCGACGCGCAACCUAAGCGCUAUAGAACUAGCGUUCCGCUGUAUGGGAAAAUCGACGUGGAAAAGUCCACGUAUAAGAUCCUUGGCACGAAGCUGGAAGUCAGCCUGUACAAAGCAGACGGCGCGAGCUGGCCAGUCCUACGUAGUGACGAGAGGUUGACCGGCGAGAUUUUACAGGUUGGACGUGCGGGACGAGUAUAGUCGGCCGAAAGCUAGCUAUACUAUAUACGCUCAACUUCCAAUCAUAUCAUCCGUCGCAUCCAUGGGAUCUAUGAGUUUGGGACAAGACAAGACGGACAAACAAACCAACAAACGGCAUGGCGUCGAGCUGAGCUUUCCGGAAAGUGUCUGCAACACCGGCAUAUCUGCAAGCGCCUGUCCAAUCCCUGCGCAGAUCCCAACCCCUCCACCCUCGUCCAGGAUAUUGAGACGGCUACUACAUAAAAUUCACAUAUCGCUCUAGCAGUCUAGGUAUUUCUGAUUACAAAACACUUGUUCUCGGAUUUCUCGAUAUAGCGUAGUCUCUCUCUCACACCCAACUAAAUAACAACAUGAAGACGUCAAGUUA